CACAUGUGGCAUUAAUGCCCUUCCCAAACCAUAUUUAUGACCUCCCAAAACCUCCAUGGUAGCAGUAAUGAAAUAGCACCACUCGAACAGUCUUGAAAACUGUGUGUAGAGAGAAAAAAUUGAAUUGAAUUGCUCAAGGACAUUACAGAUGAGGGGUUGGAACCAAUUCCCGGCUAUAGAGACCAUCUAUGAGGAAGAACAUGAGUUCUCCUCCACCUCUUCUCCCUCUCUUUCACCAUCAUUUUCCUCUUCUCCUCCAUCACUCCCCUCCUUAGUAAAUGCUUGGUCUCUGGACUCUGGGUGUGAAACGGACGUGUUGAUAGGUGUUCAUGGAACCUGUUUUCGGUUACACAAGGAACGUUUGACUUCACGGAGCACAUAUCUGAAACGGCAACUAACAGGAGUUUCCAACUUCACUCUCUCCCCACCGUUAAACAUAACGGCUGAGACUUUCGCCACAGUUGCUGAAUUCUGUUACAGCCGCAAAGUCCAGUUAACGCCGACAAACGUGGCUGCGGUGAGGAUUGCGGCGGAGUUGCUAGGCAUGACGGAGGGAGAAAAUCUUUGCCACGUGGCUGAAUCAUACUUUCAAACAAUGGUUGAAAUUGACGCAUCCAUGGUUCUGCGUUCGUGUCUGCCUCUGCUUCCCGAAUCCGAAACGACGGCGUCGCUUGUGAGCAGAUGUGUUGAAGCGUUGGUGUGGGAAUACGGCGGCGAUGUCACCCGUUUGGACGGCGUCGUGGGGUUGCAACCUCGCGAUUUUCAAAUGGUUGCUUACUCCCUGAACAAAAGGCUGCCCAAUCACGACGUUCUGUACAACAUGGUUGACCUUUAUCUCAAGGAAAACAAGUACAGCAGCAAAGUAACAGAGGAGCAGAAAACUGAAAUAUGCAACUCCAUAGACUGCACUAAACUCUCACCUGAUACCGUGGUGGAUUGUGUUCAAAACCCAAGAAUGCCGCUGAGAUUCAUAGUGCGAGCAAUGCUGGUAGAGCAUCUCCACACUCGCCGCUCCCUCAUCGCGGCAGCCACCGGCGCCGCGCAGCCGCAAGUCCAACAAUACCAAGAAGAAGAACAAUCACGAACAUCACUAGGGGAGUUUCUCCACCGUGACAGUGCUCGUCGCCAAACGGCACAGCUGAAGCAGGUUAUGGAUUCCACCUACUCUCGCAUUCAAAGCCUUGAAAAAGAGCUCAGGGGCAUGAAGAAGAUCCUUCUCGACCAUCAACCUCAAGAGAAGGAGAAGAUCAACGAGAAUGCGUUUAACUCAGAGCGUCCAGCGAGUUUCCAUUUUGUCCCAGCUGAUCAUAAUGAGAAUAGUAGUAAAAUACAGAGAGGAGGAAGAGGCUCUGUUUCUUCCUCUGGCUUCCUGCUUCGUAACGUAAUUACCAACAAAAAUGAGAUGGAGGAGUAUGAUAUUGGUAGUAAUGGUGAUGGCGGGAGCGGAACUCCUACGAGGACUAGAACAUUGCGCCACAGGUUCAUUACUGGGCUAAAAAAUGCAUUUCGGAUACAGAAUUCUGCAUCAAAUGUGAAAGUAAGUUAGAAAUGUGAUUGAUUCCAUCAGCUCAGAGAAAAAUGGAGACAUUGAAAGAGUACACAUAUGACAUAUGAUCAAGGUGGAAUGGUGGAUUGUCUGCGACUGUGACUGACUCAAGAGUAGUACUAAUAAACGCAAUUUUUUUAUUACUUCUUAUUGCUGUCAAAUUCUUCUGUAUUUUUCCCUAAGAGCAACUCCAACCCACAAUUUCUUAUCUGGUUUCUUAACACACUAUUCAGCACUAUUCCUGUGGGCCCGUAUUGCCACAUCAGACUUAAGAAACUCCUAAGAAACUGAACCAGAUUUUGCUCCAACCCAUGGUUUCUUAAAUUACUAUUUGAAGGGUCCCACCCGUGUCCCACCAUACAACAUAAAUUAAUAAU